AUCAGCGUCCAUCCUAGCGGCUCCCUAAUUGCAUCAUCACCAGCCCGCGGCUGUUGUGGGAAGGCUGGGCGCGGCGCGAUCCGCUGAGCCGAGGCUCCAGCCUCUCUCCCGCGCCUCUCCUGGCCCUCUCCGCACCUGCUCCUGCGCCCAGGCCGUGAAUCUCUCGUAGGUCGGCUCCCAGAACCCGCGGGGCACAGCUAGUGGACCUCGCCUGCUACGCCUGAGCCAGUCAUUGAAAAUCCGGUCUUUUACUAGAGCCCAAGUCCCCCGCCUCCUUCAGCUCCGAGCCGCGGUCAGCGCCAUGGAGAAGAGCAGUGAGACCAACGGCUACCUAGACAGCGCCCAGGCUGGGCCUGCAGCGGGACCUGGCGCUCCCGGGACCGCGGCGGGACGCGCGCGGCGCUUCGCUGGCUUUCUGAGGCGCCACGCUCUGGUGCUGCUCACCGUGUCUGGGGUGGUGGCGGGCGCCGGCCUGGGUGCAGCGCUACGUGGGCUCGGACUUAAUCGCACGCAGGUCACCUAUCUGGCCUUCCCUGGAGAGAUGCUGCUCCGCAUGCUGCGCAUGAUAAUCCUGCCGCUGGUGGUCUGCAGCCUGGUGUCGGGCGCCGCCUCCCUGGACGCCAGCUCUCUCGGACGCCUGGGCGGCAUCGCCAUCGCCUACUUUGGCCUCACCACGCUAGGCGCCUCGGCGCUCGCUGUCGCUUUGGCGUUCAUCAUCAAGCCAGGGUCUGGUACGCAGACCCUUCAAUCCAGCGACCUGGGGCUGGAGGAGUCGGGGCCCCCUCCAGUCCCCAAAGAGACAGUGGAUUCUUUCCUCGACCUAACAAGAAACCUGUUUCCUUCAAAUCUUGUGGUUGCAGCUUUUCGAACGUAUGCAACUGAUUAUAGAGAGGUGAUCCACAACACAAGCACUGGAAACGUAACCCGUGAAAAGAUCCCCAUUGGAACUGAGAUCGAAGGGAUGAACAUUUUAGGGUUGGUCGUCUUUGCUCUUGUGUUAGGAGUGGCCCUAAAGAAACUAGGCUCUGAAGGAGAAGAGCUCAUUCGUUUCUUCAAUGCCUUCAACGAGGCAACGAUGGUGCUGGUGUCCUGGAUUAUGUGGUACGUGCCUGUAGGCAUCAUGUUCCUUGUUGGAAGCAAGAUUGUGGAAAUGAAGGACAUCAUCGUGCUGGUGACCAGCCUUGGGAAAUAUAUCUUCACAUCUAUAUUGGGCCAUUUUAUUCAUGGAGGAAUUGUUUUGCCACUUAUUUAUUUUAUUUUCACACGAAAAAACCCAUUCAGGUUCCUCCUGGGCCUCCUCACACCAUUUGCCACAGCAUUUGCCACCUGCUCCAGCUCAGCAACUCUUCCCUCUAUGAUGAAGUACAUUGAAGAAAACAAUGGUGUAGACAAGAGGAUCAGCAGGUUCAUUCUCCCCAUCGGAGCCACUGUAAACAUGGAUGGAGCAGCCAUCUUCCAGUGUGUGGCCGCGGUGUUCAUUGCCCAGCUCAACAAUGUAGAGCUGAAGGCGGGACAGAUUUUCACGAUUCUAGUGACGGCUACAGCGUCCAGUGUUGGAGCAGCAGGCGUGCCAGCUGGAGGGGUCCUCACCAUCGCCAUUAUCCUGGAGGCCAUUGGGCUGCCCACUCAUGACCUCUCUCUGAUUCUGGCUGUGGACUGGAUUGUGGACCGUACCACCACCGUGGUGAAUGUGGAAGGGGAUGCCCUAGGUGCGGGCAUUCUCCACCACCUGAAUCAGAAGGCAAUGAAGAAAGGGGAGCAGGAACUGAGCGAGGUAAAAGUGGAAGCCAUUCCCAACUGCAAGUCAGAGGAGGAGACGUCGCCUCUGGUCACACACCAGAACCCUGCUGGCCCUGCAUCCAGCGCCCCGGAACUGGAAUCAAAGGAGUCAGUUCUGUGAUGAGGCUGGGCUUCGGGCUUGCCUGCCAGCGGUGGUGCCUGCCCUGUCAGUCCAGCCACCGGAUACCAGGCAUCAGACACUAGGCACCACCCUCACCAACUUUAGCCUCCUGGGCAAAAAUUUGGCCCCGUCACUGGUUUGAGGAUCACUUCUUGGCACAGGCACUGGGCUUCCCAGCAGGAACUGGUUACCGAGGACCAGGACACUCUGAUAUUAAGCUUGAUCCAUGUCCAGGUACAACUGUGUGUGCACCGGGCUCUUUGAAACGUACCCUUGAGCUGCCAGACUCUGGAAAAUAGGCUCUUGGGGACCUGAUGGUUAAAGCUUGGAAAAAUGCAGAUGUACUCUUCAUUGCACCUAGUCACUCUGCAUUGGGUACUUUCUGGGAAAACCUGGGGGUUUUGCAGUCAUCUGUCACAUUGCCUUGUGAGCCACAGUAAGUGGAAAAAUUCUUAAAUUCUUAGCUGUGGCUGGAAUUCACUGAGCUAGGACUCAAGAUGUUAGAGUUUGUGCUACAACUAGGUGCAGCUGGCUUCUGGUUUGCUGGUUGGUGGUGGGCUACAGGCACUGCACAUUGUCAAGUUAGAAAUAUUUUAGAUGAUGUUAACACUGCUGGGUUCUCUGGUCAGUGGCAUUAAGUAAACAAUCUAAAUUCUGAAGUCAACAAAAGAAGGUGAGUACAGCCUGCAGUGAGAAGGGAGGCAACCUAAUCAGGACAAGACGCACGCAUGCACGCAAGCACGCACGUCCCCAUUCUCAUCUCAGCCAUGGGGAAGUUUUUGGCUUCCGUGACCUGGGCCACUGACAACACUGUAGCUUUAUCUCCAUCCAUUCUAAUUUGGCAACAGGACAGAGAGGGGCCUCUUCCUCUGGGGAAGUGUGAUGUGGUCAUCACAAUUCAGCACCUGAGUUGGUUUAUCAAUUUACUAUUUUAAUUCAACUAGGCCUUCCCUAAAACACUGUAUUCUGGCAGUAAUAAUAAUAAUGGUAAUAAAUUUUAAAAACCCAAGCCCCCAGAUGUCCUAGCUUUGGCUGAUUUCCACAGACUUAGUUUCCUUUCUCGAUACUACAUUAAAGUUUAAAAUUAUAAGCCAAAUGUCCACAUUCCUCCAGAUAUCAGCUGGAUCACAGUUGAGUGGGCUUUAUAGAGAAGACCGGUGUUGCCAGUAACAGGAAAGACCUCUGAGGCAUAGUACUGCUACGUCACUGUGGCUGUUGGUGUGUAUCUGAGGUGCAACCUGCAGUGAGUCUCGGGGCCUCACUUUACCCCAUUUGUAAAAUGGGGCUGAUGUCACCUGCCUUUUACCUACCUCAGAGGGAUACGGUGUGGUGAACUGAGUGAGUCCAUGAAGACGACCGUUUCACUUCUUCAAUAUCAAGUGCUAACAUCUCUAUACCACGCUUUUCUUAUUUUUUACCUAAGUGAUGCUUUUCUGCAGGGAGGCCUCCAUUUCCUGACGAAGACAGCUUUUACGAGCAGGACUUUGUUCUCUGUGUGCAUUAGCCACUUUUAUCACACCGGUUAUCCUCUUUGUAGUUACGUGCUAGCAUCAAAGGCAGCCUCUUCCUGAUGUCCUUCAAGUGUUCAUGAAUUAAUUACCCCACCUUCCAUCGCAUUUCCGGGUACUUGACUUCCCUGUGACUCCCAGACCUAGGCACCAUUUCUGCCACCCCACAAUAAGUCAUCAAAGCUCCCAAACUUUCAGCCUCUUUCAUUCCCUUGUUUUCCGUUGCUGUGGUUUUGCUGUCGCCCAGGCCCUACGGAAGGGGAACACACCAUUAUGAUGCGUGUCCCAUUGUGAUGAGAAUGGGCCGACAGGACAGAGACAAUCAAGCUCCUCCAUUAUAAAAUUAGGUGCCUGUGCCUGAGAGAAAGGGGUGGGGAAGAGCCAUGGGGCACAGAGCCAACCCAACCCAAUCGGUGGGAAGGCCAGCUCCCUCCCAUUCUUUAAACUAGCUAAGCCACUCCAGUCUCCUGUAAAGCCAGGAGUGACCAGGAACUGAGCUGAGAGGUGCCAGAAACCUUUACCCUCUGGCUAGAGCUUGCUGCUGUUACCUUUUUGUUUUCUAAGGGGAAACAGUCUCAUUGUUUGAUUCCAAACUGCAAGUGAACAUUCACUACUUUUCAGGCCUUAGUAUAUUUCGUCUUUCCUUCUUCCACGUAUAUAUGGCUAUAUAUGCAUACAUAUACAUUAUGUACGUAUAUAUUAUUUUAGCUCCAAGCAAGUUUGAGUUUGAUUGGAAGUGAAAUAUAACUGUAAGGUGUGUGGCUUUGGCAUCCUUGUUUUCCUGUUUGUAAUGGUGAAUUUCACAAAACAUGGAAAUGAGAGCUGGACAAGACCCAGUGACUGUACAUCCUCUGUCCUGGACCUGGAAAGGCAACAAAUAGAGUGCCGUGGCCUGGAGAAGGGUUCCUCCGUACAAGUCCAGAUGGCCAGCAUUCCCCUGCCCCUGGGAGGGAGGAGGUGCUGUUUUUCUUCCUGUUUCUCAGUCCACAAGUGGAAUCGGACCAAGCGUGACCUGGCUGAGGAAAAUCCUUUCAUAUUGUUCGAAGAUGUCUCCCCCAUUAUGCUCUUCUAACAUGUCGUAAAUACUGUUCAAAUACUGUUCAUCUCUGACCGUUUGUAUGCGUGACAUUUGCCUUAAACAUAGCAGCCCUCAAAAAGGAAUACAGUAUUUCUACUGGGA